AAAAAAGUGAAAAAAAUCUUCAAUGGAAUAUGAGCGUGGCUGUACAUCUGCAUUGCCAGUCGGCAAGAUGUCUUCUUAUCAUGGUGUAUUACCAAUUAUAGAAACUUCUACAUUCUGCACCACCACACUACUCUAGAAUCUUCCGGAUCGAACUAAACCCCCACAUACCUGCUUGCUUUCGAAUCUUCAUUUCUUCCAUUUAAUAAUUCAACCAUCGCAAUUCGUCUUCCCCGAGAAGCAAAUUGAAGAACUUAUUAACCUCUGCGCGAUUCAGUAAGUGAACGUAUCACCAUUAGCUGCCGAUUUCAGACACGCAUUGUCUCGAACGCUUCGCAAAUGGCAGAGGACGGCACCGUCACGCUGUACAGCGGAUGCGCGAUCACCGAUGCGAAGAAGAAUUCUCUGUCUAUCAAGAUCGGAAUCGCCCAAAUGCUCCGCGGCGGAGCCAUUGUGGAGGUCAGCACCGUCGACCAGGCCAGAACCGCCGAGUCAGCCGGAGCUUGCUGCGUAAUCGUCUCUGAACCGCUUUCUAGCGGUAUUUCGCGGAUGCCAGAUCCAGCAAUCAUCAAGGAGAUCAAAAGAGCCGUCUCUAUUCCAGUAAUGGCGAAGUCCAGGGUCGGGCAUUUCGUGGAAGCGCAGAUUCUUGAGACUGUCGGGGUAGACUACAUCGAUGAGAGCGAGCUCUUAGCCGUCACGGACGAAGAUCAUUUCAUCAACAAGCACAAUUUUAGAGUCCCGUUUGUCUGUGGCUCUCGAGAUCUCGGGGAGGCUUUGAGGCGAGUGAGAGAAGGGGCGGCCAUGAUCAGAACUCAAGGUGAACUCACAGGUUCAGGAAACAUUGUGGAGACAGUCAGGAACGUGAGGAAAGUGAUGGGAGACAUUCGAGUGCUAAACAACAUGGAUGAAGAUGAGGUUUUCGCCUUCUCUAAGAAGAUCUCUGCUCCUUAUGACAUCGUUGCCCAGACAAAGCAAAUGUCUAGGCUUCCAGUUGUCCAUUUCGCUUCCGGGGGGAUCUCCACCCCUGCUGAUGCUGCACUUAUGAUGCAGCUGGGUUGUGAUGGAGUCUUUCUGGGUCAAGAGGUCUUCAAUUGCUUUGACCCUUACAAGAAACUCAGAGCAAUCGUGCACGCCGUGAGGAACUAUAAUGAUCCACACGUUCUGGCCCAGGCCAGCAGUGGCUUAGAGGAUGCUACGGACAGGCUAAACCUUGUCAGAGCAGGCUCGAACAAUUAAGUACUGAGUACCCCUACUUUACUGUGUUUCUUUUCUGUGUAGAGUCUGUCUUCCUGAUAACUUCUUUACCCUUGCAAUGAAAUAAUACCAGUGUCUAUCAUAUGUCUGUAUGCUUGCUUAUACAUGUCUCUGGUUUCAUGACCUAAAAAUUUGCACUUCUCGUUUUAGUCAUAAACUGUGAUCAUUUCUAUACAAACCUGCUUUGAUAUGAGCAACAUUCACGGUGUUUUCCACUUUAAUCAUUUAAUAUUUUGUGAAC